UGAGCCUCUGCGAGACCGAAUGCGAGAUUCGGGCGUACGAACGCUCGUGUCGGCUGAUAUUUCUUAUGAUAUAUGAUUGCGUAGGAUCGAUGGACAUCACUCGUUGCCAAGUUGUGGGGAGUUACUUAUUCUCUGGAUAGGAUACAUCAAGAACAUCACUGGGCGACGAUAACCCUGAACAUUGAGCUCACUUACCAUGUCGACCAAACUCUCUCAACGCCUCGCACGCACUGCCACUCUGGCACCAACAUUUCUAGUCACUCAAUGCAGCAGAGUCAGACUUGUACCCGUCGCAUCAGCUAUAAGGUCAUCCGCCAUUUCAACCAGACGUCCCUUCUCGACGGCUGAAGCCCGCUACCUUGCCAAAGUACCCGGCAUGGACAAGAUCAGGAACGCAAUAGCCGAAAACUUCGGCGGCCCCGCCUCCAAAAUCGGCACCACGCACUUCUCCCUCGACGACACCCCCGACCUCACAGGUAAAGUCGCCGUCAUAACCGGCGGCUCCGAAGGCAUCGGCUUCGGCGUCGCCUACACUUUACUCAAGCACAACCUCUCCAAGCUGUACAUCCUCUCGCGCAAGCGACAAAUGUUCGACGGCGCGCUGGCCGCCAUCGCGUCCGAGCUCGGGCAGGACAAAGCCGAUCGCGUGCACUGGAUCCAUUGCGAUCUCGAAAACUGGGCGCAAACCGCCGCAGUGGCGGAGCAGAUCAAGAAGGAGACUGAUCGGCUGGAUAUUUUGGUUAAUAACAGCGGGAGGGGAAUAAUGACGGCUGGAUUGACGGAGUACGGAGUGGAUAGACAUAUGGCUACGAAUCACAUGGGGCAUGUGGUGCUGACUUCUCACUUGUUGCCGCUGAUGAAGAAGACGGCUGAGGAAACGGGGGAGACGGUGAGGAUUAGUAAUCAGAGUUCGAACAUGCAUAGUGCGGCGCCGAAGGAGACGCAGUUCAAGAGUCUCGAGGAGAUUAAUGAGGAUGUGGGGCCCAAUGGACAGUAUGGACGCAGCAAGCUGGCAGGGAUUUUGUAUUCGAGGUAUUUUGAUAGGGAGGUGACGAGGAAGAUGGAUAGUGCCGAGGGGAAUGGGAAGAAAGGCAAAGGGAGGGUGGUGAUGAAUGCGACGCAUCCGGGGUUUGUGUCAACGAAGCAGAGUGUGGAGGAUAUUCAUGAGCCAUAUAGGUACCCCAUCCGCGGCUACGCCAUGUCCCACCUCAUGGAACCGUUCAAGAAGAGCCAGUUCGAGGGCGCGGUGCCGACGGUGUACGCGGUGACUAUGGCCAACGACGGCGGACAGUGGAUUUGCGCGCCGGCGAAGGCGGAACCGGGAAGUGACCUUGCGCAGAGCGACGAGCUGGCGGAUAAUCUGAUGGAGUUGACGAGGAAGAUUGUUGGUGAGAAGACGAGGCCUGAGUCGGUUGCGAGGGGAUGUCCGAUGGACGAUGUGGUUGUGCAUGCUUAAGAACACAUGUGUUUCGGUUGAAGGAUGGGGAUGAAAUUGUUGACGUCGGUGGUGGUCCACUAUUGCCGCUAUCGAAACCGGGCGAUCAGUGGAGCUGGUGGUGAUGUUGGGCAUGGUUACUUGUUAUGGAGACGCUUAAGGCCAUGAUGAUGUGCAUUAGAAUGCAGGCUUGAAGCUUGGCUGAUGACGACGGUGAGGUCUGCGAGAAAAAAGAGCUGAAGGUUU